AUGACUGACACCGGAUCCCCAACCGCCCCACCAGUUUCGGCAUCUUCCUCGACAACUCCAGCUGUCCGUCGUGGACUCGUCAAGUCUGUCCUUUCCGGAGAUGCCAUUAUCCUACAAGGAAGCCCUCAGUCUGGCCCACCACCAGAGUGGACUGUCUAUCUGAGCAACGUGACGGCUCCAAGACUCGGCCGCCGUCCAACUGAUUCAUCUCCAGCCACUCCAGAUGAGCCAUAUGCUUGGGAAGCUCGCGAAUUCCUUCGCAAGAAGCUUGUUGGACAUCUCGUCACUUUUGUUCGAGAUUUCACUGCCACCUCUGGACGUGAUCACGGACGUAUUUACCUCGGAGGUACGAGCCCAGCCGAUGCUCAAAACGUCGCCGAGGAGGCCGUGUCUGCCGGUCUCCUCGAAGUUCGUCAAGGAAAGGUCACAGAGUGAGUUAUCGACUGUAAGCUGUCUGACAUUUCUUUUUUUGUUUUUAGUGACUACACUACAAAGCUUCUGGAACUGCAAGAUCAGGCAAAGUCAGCUGGACGCGGAAAGUGGAGUUCUACAGCUGGAACCAUCCGUGAAAUUCGAUGGGCGAUUGAUAGCCCACGAGAGCUGGUCGACAAGUACAACCAGAAGCCAGUUGACGCCGUCAUCGAAAUGGUUCGCGAUGGAACGACAGUCCGCGCCUUCCUCCUGCCGAACUUCGAGUACAUCACCCUUCAGCUUUCGGGAGUUCGUGCCCCAUCAACCAAAAACCCGAACUCUAUCGAUUCUCGAGCAGAGCCGUUCUCUGAGGAAGCCAAGUUUUUCACUGAGGCUCGUCUUCUUCAGCGUGACGUGCAAAUCGUCCUUGAGUCGACUUCCAAUCAGAACUUUGUUGGAUCUAUCCUCCACCCGAAAGGAAACAUCGCCGAGUCUCUUGUUCGCGAAGGAUACGCCAAAUGUGUUGACUGGAGCAUCGGAUUGUGCACUGGAGGAUCAGAAGUACUUCGAAAAGCGGAGAAAAUCGCGAAGGAGAAGAGACUCCGUCUCUGGAAGAGCUAUCAACCAACGACUACUGGAGUUUCCGGAGAUCGUAAGACCUUCACCGCUAAAGUCACGGAAGUCGUUCUUUCGGACGCUCUUGUUGUGCAGAAGGACGAUGGAUCCGAGGUGAAAGUGUAUCUUUCUUCUAUCAGACUUCCGAGAGAGACGGGAGAAGAUAAGACGCCAGCCGUUGGCCGUCAAUUCCGCCCACUCUACGACAUCCCAUUCAUGUUCCAAGCUCGUGAAUUUCUCCGCAAGCGCAUCCUCGGAAAGAAAGUUCAAGUGCAGAUUGACUACAUCCAGCCGAGAUCGGAGAGCUUCCCGGAAAAGACUUGCGCCACUGUCAAGAUCGGAGACCUGAACAUUGCCGAAGGACUCGUUAGCCGUGGGCUCAGCAAGGUUGUUCGUCAUCGUUCUGACGACGAGAAUCGCUCGUCGGAGUAUGAUGUUCUUUUGGCUGCUGAAGCCAACGCCGAGAAAGGAAAGAAGGGAUUGUUCGCUGACAAGUCUACCGAGAAGAAGGACACCCUCCGCAUCCAGGAAAUCACCGGUGACGCUACCAAGUCCAAGCAGUUCCUGCCAUAUCUUCAAAAAGGAGGAAGGUACGAAAAUAAGAAGCACAUUUUCAAUGUUCUAGUUAAUCAUUUUCAGAGCCGAAGGGGUUGUCGAAUUUAUUUCUGGAGGAUCCCGUCUCCGCAUCUAUAUUCCAAAGGAAACUGUUCUCAUUACCUUCUUGCUCGGAGGAAUCAACUGCCCGAAGGGAGCCCGUGUCGGACCAGGAGGAGUUGUUCAAGGAGCACCAGAACCAUUCGCCGAUGAGGCUGCCGCUUUCACCCGCAAAUUCGUUCUUCAGCACGAAGUGCAGCUCGAAGUUGAGAGCACCGACAAGAACGGAAACUUUGUCGGAUACCUCUUUGUUUCUCCAGACGGAAACACUUCGAGAGGAAUCAAUUUGAGCGAGGCUCUCGUCGAACAGGGACUUGCUUCUCUUCACUUCACCGCCGAGCGCAGUGGACACUACAAUGGUCUUCUCGCCGCGGAGAACAAGGCAAAGAAAGCCAAGAAGAACAUCUGGGCCAACUUUGUUGAGGAGCAGCAUCAAGAAGAGGUUGAAGUUCAACAAGCCGACACCUCCGAGCGGAAGCAGAACUUACGCCAAGUCGCAGUCACUGACAUUGCUCCAGGAGCGCUUCGCUUCUCCGCCCAGAACAUCGAGGACGGAGCCAAGAUUGAGAAGAUGACCGCCGACUUGAGACAAGUGCUCUCUGAAAACCCACCACUCGCCGGAUCCUACGCUCCGAAGCGAGGAGACCUUUGCGUCGCCAAGUUCUCUCAGGACGGCCUGUGGUACCGUGCCAAGGUUGAGAGCAUUCGUGCCGGACAAGCUGAAAUCGUUUAUAUCGAUUACGGAAAUCGCGAAACUCUUGAAGCCGCCAAGCUCGCUCAAAUGCCAGCAGGUUUCGCCAGUACUCCAGCUGGAGUCAAGGAGUACAACCUGGCUCUCACUAAGCUUCCCAACGAGGACUACGUGCAACUCACUUUGGAUGCUUUUGCCCAUUACUUGUUCGGACACUCGUCUGUUUUCAUCAACACCGAGUACAAGGUCGGAACUGCUGAAUACGUGACGGUAAGCAGCAUACACACCAGUCGGCAUUUUCUGAAUAUAAUUUUUUCAGGUCUACUAUGACAACGGAACGAAGAAGGUCGACAUUGGAAAGGCGCUCAUCAGCGAAGGACUGGCCUUGACCGACCCUCGUCGUGAGCCACGUCUUCAAGCGCUCGUUUCUGAAUACAAGUCAUCCGAAGAAGUUGCCCGCAAAUCGAGAAAGAAUAUCUGGGAGUACGGAGAUUUCACCGGAAACGAGAUCUAA